CAGAAAUGGCGCCGCAAAAGCAAAAUGUCUUACUCUAGUGCUCUCCUGAUCCUCUGCACGUCGGCGUCCAUCUGGAGCCUCAUUGAACCUGACGUACUAAAUCAAGGCAAAGGUCGAGUAGAGCUACCCUACAGGAAAACACAGCAAAACUUUCUCUGCUCGACCCCAUGUACGAGCGGACUUCACCACGAGCUCGCCGAUGCCACAAGCCGAACGUCAGGCAAUAACAAAAAACCGCUUCACCAAGCACUCGACAAAAAAAUCAUUAGAUAACGCGUCGUCUUCGCGCAUCUCCCCAAUUGCCCUCGUAGUAACCGCCGUCGCUAUCGCAACAAAAAUGACGGGCACUUACUACCUCAUCUACUAUCCUACCUCUCACGGGACCCUCCAACGCGGCUUCACCACCUGUGAAACCACGGCCAAGAAAGCCUACGAGCUCUGCCACGUCCUCAGCCUACAAUCAUGGAACGUCCAGAAAGGCAGCACGACCAACCAUACCGCGUACGCGCAGAACAAGGCGAGCGACGGUGGCGCUACGCAGCUUUCGGGAGGAUGGGUGACCAACGGGGUGUCCAGGGCGAUUUGGGAGUACGAGAAGAAGUAUGGAGAGAUCCAGAUAUCGACGAAGGGCGUUGGGCUGCCGGAUUAAUAUAUCGAUGAAGAGGAGGAUGUCGAAGUUACGCAGCAGCUAUACCUUCGUCAUGGGUGCCGAGUUCCGAGCCGUGUUGCGAAUCGAGC